GCCUAUCUCGAGCAUCGUGCUUGUGACUAAUGCCAAACCUUCAGUAUGAUAUAAAAAGGAAGAUCGGCACCAUUCGAAAUGAAGAUGACAGACUUAAUUCUUCAUGUUUCUUGGUACACUUCUCUCGCUGGCGGCGGUCGUUACCGGCGCUGCUGUCCCCAAUGGCCAGACGCUGUCUCUCAAUGAAAUUCCUUAUUAUGUGAGCGGUAUUCCUGUCUCGACUUUGCAAGGGUACAAUGCCUCUGCGAAUGCCUCCUCUUUGACAGAGGGCAUAGAUUUGGUGCCAUUAACUGUCAUUCAUGUAACUCCUGACACGAACUUGGAGUCGCUGCUAUCGGACUAUGUUGAGCGUGAUGAUGUCUUCCAGACUACUUUUCUGCGUGCAGUCUAUCUCACAGCCUCCACUGCUGAAAUCGUUGACUCCCAACUGAGUAAUUAUGCGUCAAUCCUCAAGCCUUCAGGCACUGAAUUGCUGCUGGUGAAUUCGAAUAUACACACUGCUUCGUCGAAUUCCACAAUCACCGCCCAGCUGACGGAGGAGCUGCCGAAUGGGCCCUAUUUUGUCUCCUUGUAUACCGGACAUGUGUUUAGGGCGUACCGGCUGUAUCCUGACGACAACCUAGCUUUCAUCCAAGCCGCCAUCAGUGACGAGAAGGGAGGCGUGCUUCCCCUACCAGCCGUGACAGAAAAUGCGAUGACCAAGGACGUCGCCGUGCCUUCACGUCUCUAUUAUACACCAACUCAAGAGAAGCCAUUGGCCGGUUUGAGAUUGGGUGUCAAGGAUAUCUUCCAUGUUAAGGGUCUCAAGACGAGUGGCGGAAGUCGCUCCUAUUAUUAUCUCUACGGAACUCAAAAUGACACGGCACCAUCUAUUCAGAGACUGUUAGACUUAGGCGCGGUUUUCGUCGGUAAAACUGGCACUGUUCAGUUUGCGAACGGUGAUCGGCCCACUGCCGACUGGGUGGACUUCCACUGUCCCUUCAAUCCUCGUGGAGAUGGGUAUCAGGCACCUAGCGGCUCCUCCUCCGGCUCCGGUGCGGCUAUUGCAGCGUAUGACUGGUUGGACCUUACUGUGGGUAGUGACACUGGCGGUUCAAUGCGUUCUCCAGCUGCCGUGCAAGGUGUUUAUGGCAACAGGCCAUCCACCGGUGUUAUCUCUCUGGAUCAUGUCUUGCCUCUCUCCCCGCCGCUGGAUACAGCAGGCGUCUUCGCCCGAAAUGGCUCUCUAUGGGCCCAUACUGUGCAAUCUUGGUAUCCUCAUCUCCGGCACAAUGUUACGUCCUACCCCCGGCAGCUGCUCGUGGCCGGCGGUGGAUGGGAUGGUAAAGGCAUCACUCCCGAAGCCCAUCGAAGUCUUACUACCUUCAUACGUGGCCUUGAGGUAUUCCUCGGAACCAACCAUACCAAAGUCGACGUGUCGCAGCGAUGGCUUGACACACAGCCAUCUGCCACACCCAGCCUGGAAGAGAUGCUCAAUUUGACCUAUGCCACACUUACUUCCGUGGGCCAGUUCAACCACCUAGCCGUCCCUCUCUUUGCAGACUAUAAAGCACAUCACCGUGGUCGCCAGCCUUUCAUCAACCCUGGCCCAUUAGCACGUUGGCAGUGGGGCCAGGACAAUGGCGGAAACGCCUCAUAUGAGGUAGCCCUGCGCAACAUGACUACUUUCCGAAACUGGUGGGAACAGUCCGGAUAUGGUCAGUCCGAUGAAGCCUCUUGCUCCAAGUCGCUCUUCGUCAGCGUGUACUCGGUCGGCACGACCGACUAUCGUAACCAAUACUAUGAUGCGCCCACUACACCGCCACUAGGAUUCUCUAUCGGGCGCAUCGCAGUAUUUGGUGGCACACCUGAGGUUGUUGUACCCGUGGGAGAGUCUCCAUACAAUAGUACUAUUUCUUUGCAGACCGAGUAUUUACCGGUGAGUGUUGCGUUGCAGAUGGCGCGAGGAUGUGACCAUGCUCUGGCUUCUUUGGUCGCGGGGCUCGAGAAUAAGGGGGUCCUCAGACCUGUCAGUACCGGCUCUCGGUUAUAUUCUUAAUAAGAUGAGUUUAUGUAGU